AGUCAGAUUCUAACCUUUUAAUUAAAUGGACGUACAAUUUUUUGUUGUAAAUAUUGAGGUGUGAAAUAAUAAAACGGAUGUAAAAUAAGAGAAAAUGUCGACAACGGCUUUGCAACAAUUUGUUGCAAACCUAAAAUCACGACAUGAGCAUGUUAGAUAUAAAGCAGUGAAUGACCUCUCCCUAUAUGUGAAGAGCGAACUUAGGGAAGCAACUGCAGAUGAAAUUAACAACUUUUUAGAUGAGUUUAACCACCAUAUAUUUGAAAUGGUUAACAGCAGUGAUGUUAAUGAGAAAAAAGGCGGUAUUUUGGCUAUUGUAUGCCUCAUCGGCACAGAUGUUGGUAAUAUGACAUCUAGAAUUAGUAGAUUCGCUAACUACUUAAGAAAUCUACUACCUAACAAUGAUGUUGGAAUAAUGGAACUUGUUGCUAAAGCUAUGGGACACUUAGCUUUUGUUUCUGGAUCUAAAGCUUCUGAAUAUGUGGAGUUCGAAGUUAAACGAGCCUUUGAGUGGUUACAAAAGGAUAAAACAGAUAGCAAAAGACAUGCUGCUGUGUUAGUUCUGAAAGAACUUGCUAUCACUAUGCCAACAUAUUUUUACCAACAAGUAUCUCAAUUUUUUGAGUUAAUAACAAAUGCCAUUCAAGAUCCAAAAGUAGCUAUCAGAGAGGGGGCCGUGGAAGCUCUAAGAGCAGCAUUGGUAGUUACAGCCCAAAGAGAAGUUGGCAAAGUUACUUGGUACAAACUAUGCUAUGAAGAAUCUGGUACACUUCUGCUUGCUGACAAAGGAGAGAGAAUAAGAGACGAAAGCGUACAUGCAUUUCUAUUAAUACAAAACGAACUGCUACGCUUAGCGAACGCCUCAUGGGAACGAAGAUAUACUUCCCUUUUGGAAAAAACUGAAAUGAGACGUUCCAACGAUCAAGAAACUUUUAAUUUUAAUCGACCGCUGUUUAUGUAUCCCACGCCAAAUAAGAAAAGCGCAAAUUAUCAAAUUUUAGCAGCUAUACAACCAGAAAAGCCUAUUAUUAUAGAAUCGUCGGCUUGCCAUCAACUUAUACUGGAAAAGUUUCCAUACUUAUGUAUUGAUGUGAUGCAACAAAAAUUUUCUAGGUAUAGUUAUGUUCAGCAAACAUUGUUGAAUAUUUUACCUCGACUAGCAGCUUUUGAUAGGAAAGAUUUUGUAGAAAAACAUUUACCUGGUGCUAUGACUUAUCUGUUUAAUAUGUUAAAGAGCAGGGACAAGGAGAGAAACAUGGCCUUUAUUGCCGUUGGUUUGAUUGCAGUUGCCGUAGAAGAAGAUAUAGAGCCCUACGUGGACAAAAUUAUGGAUCUUAUCAAAGGAGCACUUCCUAGAAGUGAAAUGACUCUGAAGAAACGUCCGAAUAUCGACCCUUGCGUUUUUAAAUGUAUAACAUUCCUUGCUUUGUCUCUCAAUAACCACGACAAAAUGGAUAUUCCAAUUAUUUUGGAACAGAUGUUGGCAACUGGAUUGUCGUCAUCUCUUACGAUUUGUUUGAGAGAGCUUGCUAAAAGUGUCCCUGCUCACAAGGAAAAAAUUAGCCUAGGAUUGCUGAAGAUGUUAUCACAAAUUUUAUUAAAUAAACCCUUAAUUCAUCCUGGCACUCCACGUCAUUUAACUACAAAUUUGAUGCCAUUAACUGGCUCGUAUGACUCGUAUGAUACUCAAAUAAUUGUUCUAGCGCUUCACACUUUAGGGACAUUUGACUUCGAAGGUCAAAGACUUUUGCCAUUUGUUCAACGUUGUGCAAAUCACUUCCUUGUACACGAACAGACUGAGAUAAGGCUUGAAGCAGUGAAAACAACAUGCAGACUACUACGUCAUGCAAUCAGAAGCACAACCAAAAAUCCGUCAGAAACUGUUACCAAGACAGUUGCAUCUGUUCUGAACAGACUGCUUAGCGUUGGAUUAAUCGAUAUGGAAGCUACAGUACGUCGGGGAGUUUUGAUGUCACUCGAUCCUACUUUUGAUCAUCAUUUAGCUCAAGCAGAAUCAUUAGGGGCUCUGUUUAUAGCUCUACAAGAUGAAGUGUUUGAAAUAAGAGAAGUGGCACUAUUUACCAUCGGUCGUUUGAGCUGUAUGAACCCCGCUUAUGUUAUGCCUAGUUUAAGAAAAGUUCUAGUGCAGUUGCUAACAGAACUUGAACAUUCUGGAAUAGGAAGGAACAAAGAACAAGGUGCUAGGAUGUUGGAUCAUCUAGUUGUUAGCGCACCAAGACUGAUUAGACCAUAUAUGGAACCGAUUUUGAAGGUUUUAGUACCAAAAUUGAAAGAGUCUGAACCGAAUCCUGGUGUAAUUCUCUCCGUUUUACUCACCAUUGGAGAUUUGGCGGAAGUUACAGGUGGAGACUCAGAAUUGCAACAGUGGAUGCACGAACUUAUGCAAAUUUUAUUGGAUAUCCUCGGAGAUUCUUCUUCACCGGAUAAACGAUCAGCAGCUUUAUGUACGCUCGGACAGUUAGUAGGUGCUACGGGACACCUUGUUAAUCCAUAUAAUCAAUACCCAAUGCUACUAGAUGUUCUGAUUAAUUUUUUAAAAACUGAGCAACAAUCUUCUAUUAGAAGAGAAACUAUUAGAGUUUUAGGAUUAUUAGGUGCCUUGGAUCCAUACAAACACAAAAUAAACCGUGGUCAAAUUGACUACCAACCAGAAGCCCCCAUGCUUAUAGCGAUGACAGACAAGGUAGUGGGAGAAGCCGACGGAGAUUUUGGAUUGAACUCUAGCGAAAUGCUUGUUAGUAUGAGUUCACAUACGUUGGAGGAGUAUUACUUGGCUAUGGCGAUAGCAACACUAAUGAAGAUUAUAAGAGAUCCGGCAUUGAGUCAGCAUCAUACAAUGGUCGUUCAAGCAGUGACAUUCACAUUUAAAAGUUUAGGGAUCAAGUGUGUGCCUUAUAUUUCACAGGUUCUUCCCAGUUUAUUAAACGUAGUUAGAACCGCAGAUGUGAAGUUUAGGGAUUUUCUUUUCCAACAGUUAGCAGAACUAGUAGCGAUUGUUAAACAACAUAUUCGUAACUAUUUGGAUGAUAUUUGUGAUUUGAUUAAAGAAUUUUGGAUACCAAAUAGUUCUAUCCAAAGCACUAUUAUUCUGUUAUUGGAACAUAUUGCAGUAGCGUUAGGAGCCGAAUUUAAGGUUUAUUUACCUCGAUUAGUUCCUCAAAUUUUGAGAGUGUUAAACCAUGACACCUCGAAGGAUAAGCAAUAUACAUUGAAACUGUUAGAAGCAAUGCACAAAUUUGGAAAUAAUUUAGAAGAUUAUAUGCAUUUGUUGUUACCACCCAUAGUUAGAUUAUUUGAUGCACCAGAUUGUCCUUUAGCCGUUCAAAAACAAGCUUUAGAAACAAUUGAUCAGUUGGCAGAAAUUCUGGACUUUUCUGAUUUUAUUUCUAGAAUUCUUCAUCCAUUAAUGAGGACUAUUGACAAUUGUCCAGACCUACGAAACACUGCUAUUGAGUGUUUAUGCACAUUAGUAAUGCAGUUGGGCCGCAAAUUCUGCAUAUUUAUACCGAUGGUACAAAAAGUGUUAAAUAAACAUCGAAUUCAAAACAGAAAGCUGGAAAUUCUGUUUUCAAAGAUUCAAACCGACACUACAAUGUCCGAUGAAACGGAUUUGGGCAUCAGAAGAAGCAAGGGAAAGAAUAAAGGUAGAGAUGAUGCUCCUGUAGGUAACGAUUCUGCGAUUAGUCAACGCUUGAAGGUUUCUGUUAAAAAUCUUCAACAAGCUUGGACUCCUAGUCGUCGCGUUUCUAAGGAUGACUGGUUGGAAUGGUUGCGUUGCCUUAGCUUAGAACUACUAAAACAAUCUCCGAUUCCUGCUUUACGUUCUUGUCUUCCUUUGGCCCAGACUUACUCUCAACUGCCGAAAGAUUUGUUCAAUGCCGCUUUUGUGAGUUGUUGGACAGAAUUAAGCGAAGAUAAGCAAAAAAGUCUUAUGAAUGGAUUAGAACUAGCUCUUGCAGUUCCCGAUGUACCGGAAAUUACUCAGACCAUUCUGAAUUUAGCAGAAUUCAUGGAGCACUGUGAUAAAGGACCCUUGCCAUUAGAUCCACAUCUAUUGGGUGAACAUGCCAUGCUGUGCAGGUAAAGUACACCUUUAAAAUAAUUCAAAUUCAGUGAAAAAGCGCCAAAUAGAGUGACGGAAAAGUCUAAGAAAUAGUUUAUAGAGUAAACAAUACGAUAACAGUCAUAAAAGCAAUAUUCCAAAAAAUACUUAAGUUAUUAUCUGAAAUUAAUAAAAAUGUGU